GCAAUUCCGAGCCUCACAUCACUUCCCAUUGAGAUUCUCUACCGGAUCAUCCGUUACAUAGAUCCAGACGAGCUCGAAGAGGUACGCCUCGUAUGCUGUUCCCUAAACGAGAUCAGCAAACCACAGUUUUUUGAAUGCUGGGAAGUUGUACCACCAGAGAGGAGCUGCGACCAUUUUACCAAGGUCGUUGAGCAUGGUUGUGGAAACAUGCUCAAGUUCCCCUAUGGGAUCCCAGAUGAGCAUGAAGAGAAACCCUUUCGCAAAUGCCUAGAGCUGUUCCAUCGUCUUAAGGGGCUUCCACGACUCCAGAGCGUGGCACUUCGCUUCCCGGGGAGUGUUGGACGUUGGGAUUUGUCUAAGAUGCUGGAAUGCCGCUCAGUCGUGAUCAAUGAGUUCAUGUCGGGGAUUGCAGCGCUGCCUGAACCGCCACGGGAACUCAUCUUUCAAAACUUCCAGGAUGUGAACGAGCCCAACCCCGACACAGACGAAACCCAGCGUUUCUUUUCCGCGAUCCCGUCCUUCUGGCUGAAGCCCGCUCUCCAAAAUCUAGAAGAGCUCGGCCUCGGCCAGGAAAAUUUCUGGGGCUACUACCCAAAGCUUGAUCUCCGUGGUCUAGACUGGAUCCUCAGUCACCGCAACACUCUCACCGAACUCAGCUUAUACGUCUGCGCCAUCGUCUGGGAUAUCAAGGAAACAGCUGAUAAAGAAAUGGCCUACCUGGAUCUGGAUAGUUACACGACCCGUACUGGAACACGGCGAAGUCGCUACGCAACCUACGACAAACGAUGGCACGAUUAUUUCAAAUCUUUCCAAGACCUGCCGCACCGCCAGCGUUUCCAAUACGCGGGUGAUGAAGGGUAUACUCCAUUCGCAGAGGAGGAACCCACCGAGUUAGGUAUGCACCAAGCAAGCUACAUGCUUUAUAGGUCAAAUGGUUAUGAAGAACCAUUUUUGUACCGUGAAGACUCGGGGCGCGACCUGAUCUUCGCGGGGGAAUGGAUAAUAGAGGAUGAGAAGAGCUUGGAGGAGCUCUAUGCGAAGCUUGGUUACAAAUACGCGAUCGAUGAUGAGGAAAAG